GUGAAAAGCUUCUGAAAGGCAAAUAGAAUCAUGGCGUACACGACCUUCAUCCCGCUUAUCAUUGUGGCCGCCGCCAUCAUCUAUAAGCUACGCAAUGUCGGCCGUAGGCCAAAGAACUACCCUCCCGGGCCUCCAACGAUGCCCAUAAUUGGAAACCUGCACCAAAUGCCUUCCAAGAGCCCACACCAUCAGUUCAAGAAGUGGGCGGAGGAAUAUGGGCCUGUUUACUCUCUCAUACUCGGAACGGACAUCAUGAUAGUACUAUCGUCCGAUAAAGCUGUGAAGGAUUUGCUGGAUAAGCGCAGCAAUAUCUACUCCUCUCGUCCUGAGCUCUACCUUGGCAACUUAGUGAGCGGGUACCUGCGUGUACUGCUCAUGAAAUACGGCGAAACCUGGCGUAUGAUACGCAAGAUUAUGCAUACCGUCCUGCACAUAAACGCAUCGAAAGGAUACGUGCCAUACCAGGACCUCGAGAGCAAGCAGAUGUUGAAUGGCAUUUUAGACGAGCCACAUUUCUUUGCCGACCACAUCCGCCGCUUCACCAACUCCCUCACCACACAAAUGGUAUUUGGUUUCAGGACGAUCGAUAUUCAUGAUGAGAAUCUCAAGAGGCUGUACGAAUGCGUCGAGCAGUGGAGCGAGGUCAUGCGUUCGGGUACUGCGGCCUUUUUGGACGUUUUUCCAAUUCUAAGGAGAUUACCAGAGUCCAUGCUUCCAUUGCAGCGCUAUGCUAAGCAGCUACACAAGAAGGAGAAAGCACUCUACGUGGGCCAUUGGAUGAAGACAAAGGAAAAGAUCCGCAAGGGGACAGCAAUGCCUUGUUUCAGCGUCGGCGUAGCUGAAGGCCAAAAGAGCUAUGGCUUCUCUGAUGAUCUAGCGGGAUACAUUGUUGGAUCCCUUCACGAAGCUGGCUCAGAUACGACGGCUUCUACUCUCAGUGGCUUCGUCCAGGCUAUGGUUCUAUACCCAGAGGCCCAGAAGAAAGCUCAAUUAGAGCUAGACAGCGUCUGCGGCAACAAGCGGCUCCCAAAUACCGACGAUUGGGACUCCUUGCCUUAUAUCCGCGCCUGCAUCAAGGAGACACUGCGUUGGAUGCCCACAGCCAUCCUCGGGAUGCCGCACGCUGUCAUCCAGGACGAUGAGUACAUGGGUUAUAAGAUCCCCAAAGGCGCCUCAGUGAUGUACAAUGUUUGGGGCAUCAACAUGGACGAGAAUAGAUUCAAGAAUCCACGAGCCUUCGAUCCCUCUCGCUAUGAAGGUGACAACCAGACAUCGGCGGAGGCAGCGAUGAACAGCGACCCCAGCCAGAGAGAUCACUUCGUCUUCGGAGCCGGGCGCAGAGUGUGCCAGGGCAUGCACAUCGCCGACCGUUCCUUAUUCUUGAGCAUCUCGAGGCUACUGUGGGCCUUCAACUUUGAGAAGGCUAUUGAUGCUCAGGGACGAGAGAUCGUGCCGGACCAGGACGACCUCACGGAGGGGUUCCUAGUGCAGCCAAGCCCUUUCCCUGCAAAGAUCACUCCGAGGAGCGAAACGCAUGCGCAAGCUAUCCGGAAGGAGUGGGAUGGGUGCCAGGCACUUCUCGAUGAGAGUAAACAGUGGAAAGAGGUUCCAAAGGGUAUGGUGUUCAAGUCCCCAGUAUCACUGUCAGAUCUCAAGGACUGAGUGAUGCGAUCUGGACCGUCGACCAUAUGGCACGUGUACUUUUCACACACAUUGUAUGGGUCGUAAUUGUGCUUCUCCAUUUUCAAGUCUACUCAAUUGUUCAUUUCUACACGAAAUGUGGCUAAAUCCACGUGCCCG